AAUGUUCCCACUCUUUACAUGUUCGGGUCUGGUUGAGGCCCCACUUGGAUAGUCAAUACUUAAAGUCCGGAGGUUGCGGCGUCUGGAACUAUUCUUAUUAUAGCCACGGUUAGUUCUCCGAUGUGUCUGUAAGAUUGUGUCUUAAAUGUCCAUUGUACAGACUCGCCGGGGUUUAAUCUCAAAUUAGAUGCACUAUUAAUGUAAUCAAGUACUAAAUUAAUUUUAAUAGUAAUAGUUAUCUCGUAUUUUUAUUGUCAUUAGACGUGAUGAGUGAUUUUUUAAAUUAAUAACUUUUAUUCAUUAUUAUAUAAAAAAAGAGGAGCAACCGGAAAUUAAAGGAGAAAAAGAUUGGUGGAUGAUGUUGGUCAUCGUAUGACGAUUAACGUUAGAGUCUUUCAAAGUGGAACUUUAAGAGAAAGGUGACGUUGUUUGGUUCUCGCAUCACAACUAACAGGAUACGCGGCACCGAUAACUUCGUUGACGUUUCGAUUAUUUAAACUUGUUAUAUUUUUUUUAUUUUUUUUAAAUUGUGAUAACCUCUGAAAAUAAAUCAAAAUUCAAUAAAAAAAACAUAAAAUAAGUUUUUCAAAAUGUAUAUCGAAAAUAAGUGAUAAACAAUCAAUGACAAGAAUUCAAAAUCAAGUACACAAUUACAGUAGGAAUCAAAAUUCACUACAAAUCGUAUUACCAUCAAAUUAAUUAACAAUAUCCCAGAAAAAAUGGCUUCAGCAGCAGCAGAACUAGUCGUUGAACGUGAACCGGAGCUUCUUAAAACACUUGAUCCAAAUAGAUCAUUUGUAGGAGCAGAAGAUCUAGUGAGAAUGGCUUUGGAGCAAUAUACUGAAAUUCUAGAGACAGCAUCAGAUCCUAGAGUUAGUAAUUGGCCUUUGAUGGAAUCACCUAUACCAACAUUUCUUAUUGUUUUACUCUAUUUGUAUGGCGUCGUGAUACUUGGACCAAAGAUGAUGGCAAACAGAAAAUCGUUUCAACUAAGAAAAAUUCUUGUAGCAUACAAUGCAUUUCAAGUCAUUUUUUCUAUAGGGAUGCUUUAUGAGCACCUUAUGUCCGGAUGGUUAUUGGAUUAUAGUUAUAAAUGUCAACCAGUUGAUUACUCACACAAUCCUACAGCGAUGCGGAUGGCUAAUUUAUGCUGGUGGUAUUUUAUUAGCAAGUUUACAGAAUUCGCUGAUACAAUAUUUUUUGUACUGCGCAAAAAAGACAGUCAAGUAACAUUUUUGCAUCUAUAUCAUCACUCGCUGACCCCGCUGGAGACGUGGAUAUGCGUUAAAUUUAUAGCCGGUGGCCACGGCACCCUUGGUAAUCUCAUCAACAAUGCUGUACACGUAGUUAUGUAUGCAUAUUACAUGCUUUCUGCAAUGGGACCUGAGUAUCAGAAAUACUUAUGGUGGAAGAAACAUUUGACAACUGUUCAGUUGGUUCAAUUUUUCUUAGUAUUUAUACAUAGCGCUCAAGCACUGAUUUUUGACUGUGGAUACCCUAAGCUCGUUGCAACAUUACUUCUUUUACAUUCGACGAUAUUCUUUGCUUUGUUCUUUGAUUUUUACUCUCGGGCUUAUUGCAGAGAAAAAUCUAUUGCAGCAAAAAAAGAAAAAGAAAUCAAGAACGAAUAAAAUAAAAUUUUCGUACCGUCAUAGAGAAUACUUUCAUUAUGAAUUUAUAAAAAUUGAAAACAACAAAUAUCAAUAGUGUGUAGUAAUUUGUUUUGUU